AAGUCGUCGGAUCCCGACAGUGGUUCUACCUAAAAAACAACAUUUUGCAGUUUCAAGGAACAAAAUUGUACAUCCUCCGGCUGCUGAAAAUUUGGUGUCACGGAAUUCAGGGUUCUUCUCGCGAGAUUUAGGCGGAUACUGGCGGCUGUGGCCCAAAAGUGGAAAUUUCUUGCCUAUGGUUGUUGCUGACAUUUGAAUGAAAACGUUGCUUAAAGUUGCUCUUUAGACUCGUAACAUAAUGGCUUCAGCACUGGAGCAGUUUGUAAACAAUGUGCGACAGCUCUCUGCACAAGGCCAGAUGACGCAGCUGUGUGAGCUGAUCAACAAGAGUGGGGAGCUGCUGGCCAAGAACCUGUCGCACCUGGACACAGUACUGGGGGCCCUGGACGUACAGGAGCACUCACUAGGGGUGCUCGCCGUGCUGUUUGUAAAGUUCUCCAUGCCAAACAUCCCCGACUUCGAGACGCUCUUCUCUCAAGUCCAACUCUUCAUCAGCACAUGCAACGGCGAACACAUCAGAUACGCAACAGACACAUUUGCUGGACUCUGUCACCAGCUGACGAACUCGCUUGUGGAGAGAAAACAGCCUCUGCGUGGCAUCAGCGUCCUGAAACAGGCCAUCGACAAGAUGCAGAUGAACUCCAACCAGCUCACAUCAGUACACGCAGACCUCUGUCAGCUGUGCCUGCUGGCCAAGUGCUUCAAGCCCGCGGUGCCGUACCUGGAGCUGGACAUGGUGGACAUCUGCAAGGAGAACGGGGCGUACGACGCCAAGCACUUCCUGUCCUACUACUACUACGGCGGCAUGAUCUACACCGGCCUCAAGAACUUCGAGAGGGCCCUCUACUUUUACGAACAGGCCAUCACCACUCCUGCGAUGGCGGUUAGCCACAUCAUGUUGGAGGCCUAUAAGAAGUAUAUCCUGGUCUCCCUCAUCCUGCACGGCAAAGUCCAGCCGCUGCCCAAAUACACAUCACAGAUCGUCGGACGCUUCAUCAAGCCCCUGAGUAAUGCGUACCAUGAGCUGGCCCAGGUGUACACGACCAACAACCCUGCGGAGCUCCGGGGCCUGCUGACCAAACACAGCGAGGCCUUCGCACGAGACAACAACACGGGCCUGGUCAAGCAGUGCCUAUCAUCUCUAUACAAGAAGAACAUACAGAGACUUACUAAGACGUUCCUGACGCUCUCCCUCCAGGACAUGGCGAGCCGGGUGCAGCUGUCAGGGCCACAGGAGGCUGAGAAAUACGUCCUGCACAUGAUCGAGGACGGGGAGAUCUACGCUAGCAUCAACCAGAAAGACGGCAUGGUGUGUUUCCAUGACAACCCGGAGAAGUACAACAACCCCGCCAUGCUGCACAAGAUCGACCAGGAGAUGCUGAAGUGCAUUGAACUGGACGAGAGGCUGAAGUCAAUGGAUCAGGAGAUCACAGUCAACCCACAGUUUGUGCAGAAGAGUAUGGGUACCCAGGAGGAUGACGUGGGUAGUAAGACCUCCAGCUACUCCUGAGGCCUCUCUGACGCCCCCUGCCACUGGCCUCCAUUUUUACAGCCGACACGACUCCUAGGAUUCACCAUGGACAAUUCUGGAGGACAAGCUACAACAACACACCACGUCAACCAACCAUCCGUUUAUUCCCCACUUACCCAUCACACACACACACACACACACACACCCCAGACACACCGCCUCCUCCUAGACGCCCGCACAAGCUUUCCUCACCACCCGUUCACAUCCUAAAACACACACUCAAACACACACACACACACCUCCAGUCUCAGUCUCAUCCGCGCGUCAGAAGUGUUUUGUUUUUUCCCCGUCAGUGUUUUUAUUUAUCAAUGUGGAGCUGGAAGAGCCGUGUCCUGCUUUCAACUCAUUUACUCCCCAAAGCCUCCUGCUAGUCACUUACAGCUCUGUCGGGAUCUGAUCUCUUUCUCUCUCUCUCUCUCACACACACACGCACGCACGCACGCACGCACGCACGCACGCACGCACGCACACACACACACACACACACACACACAAUCUCAGACUCGGCUGCAGGCUGACAGACAGUCGCUUGCAGCUCGAUCUGAUCUGACACACAGGCAUACACACACACACAUAGGAUGUGGGACUGUUUCAGGCAGUUUAGGGUCUCUCUGCAGAGGUGUGUAGACGUGUAGAUUAGUAAACACAGUAAUGGCCAUAACCCUGCUGCUGCUGUAGUGCCCCUAGAGAGCUGUCUGGAAAACACAGGUGAAGCUGCUGAACGCCCCCUACAGGCUUUCCUAUGUCCCAACUAAAUGCUCGCCCACCGCCCUCAUAUGGUUUUACAUCAGCAUAUGGAAAGGUGAUCAUGUGACGUGGUGGCCGAUUUGUCAUGUUAUAUGGUCUAUAGUUGAGUAUACUGGCAUCACUAUAGCGAUUCUAUAUGGCCACCACACACUGUUUAUCUUCCCAGUGUGACAACUGUACAGUAUAAGCCUAAUACCAUAAUACUAUGAAGUAGUAAAUGCUUGCCCACCGCCUCUUAUGGUUUUAUAUCAGAUGCAUGACUACACUGCAAAGGCAAAGUGCAUUAACUACGCCAAUGUUGAAACUGAGUAAAAGACCUUCAAAGCCUUGGUAUUAAGUUGGAUAUUGUAGCCAGUACUGCACAUUUUACACAGCAAUAUCUCUAAAACAGAACACAUUUUGGACCGUAAGGCUUUGUCACAAGAUAAAGGAGGAGUUAUGAAGACCAUUUUCAGUCUAAAGUUAAUUUUGACAAAAUAUACAGUUACUGCACUUUGCCUUAGUAGGACAGAGUUCAGCUCUGGUUGAAGGGAAGCAGCAGCGUGCCGUAUACCCCUCUGGCCUCUCACCCUUUAUGGUUCUAGCAUACCCCACCUCCUUGUUGUUUUUCUACACUGGUGACCGCCAGCUCAGCACUAGACACUGGUGGCCCAUCACAUUAUUAUCUAACCUCCCCUCCUCACCUUGAGCUCGUGGCCUCUCAUGAUUUCACUCGCCUAACCUCCGUGGAGAAAUACCCAUAACGUUUCCCAGCAUUCACAACUUUUUGGGGGACUCAACAUCUCGACUGCAAAUUAGUGACUUUUUGAAUUGCGAGAUAUUGUGAGAUAUUGAAUAAAACUUCUGUUGUCAAUUACGUCUUGUUCUGCAUCACGAGGCCACAAGCAAGGAGAGAAUGGGAGGUGAGGUAUUGAAAUGUGUUAAUAAAAGGCACUGGGUUUUCUGUCACUGCUCCGCCAUCUUUGUAAGGGCACUGGGUUUGCAGUCACUGCUCCGCCAUCUUUGUAAGGGUACUGGCUUUUCUGUCACUGCUCCGCCAUCUUUGUAAGGGCACUGGGUUUGCUGUUCCCUCCGCUUCUCACGGCUCUUCUGUAGUUCCUCUUGUAUGAAAUGCACAUAAACAAUGUCAACAACAAGAACAAACAGCCUUCAGUUUUCUUUCGUUUUGUCUACCUACUGUGCGUGUAUUGAAUGUUCAUAAACAAUGUCAACAGUAACAAAAGGUGUGUAUAUGUACAUGUACAAACCCCAACUCCGAUGAAGUUGGGACGUUUGGUAAACAGUGAAUAAAAUUAAAAUGCUAUCAUUUUCAAAACA